AUGGUGGCCCCAAGGCCCGCCCUCUCAUUGCUAUUGGCUGUCCUGGCCUGCACGGGGCCCGCGCGCCCCUCGCCCCCCCUGCUGCUCCGGCCCCGGGAGAGAGAGAGGGACUCGGGUGGCGUCAACAUCGCCGUGGUCCACUCUGGCUCCUCCCUGCUCCCGGAGACGGCGGUGGUGGGAGGUGCGGGGGUCGGCGAGCUGGGGCCGGGGCCUGGAAACGGACCGGGAGGAGGUGGAGGUGGAGCUGCGAUGGCUUCGUUUUCCUCCUCCUCCUCCUCCUCGUCAUCCCUGUCGCUGGCCGCGCUCGUGGGGGAGACGGUGAUGACGCCAUCGGGUCAGGCCAACGUCAUCUACCUGGCUGUGAACGAGAGCAGCCCGGGCAGCUUGCUGCUGCAGCUGUGUGAGCUGCUGGCCACCACACCACUGCAGGGUUUGGUGUUUGAGGAGGAGAGGCCGCCGCCGCCGAACCGCGCCCCUCUGGCCCCCAUGCUGGAGUUUGUCUCCGCCCAGACGGGGGUUCCCGUGGUUGCCGUGGGGGGAGGGGCCAGCCUGGGACGGGAGCCACAGGAAAGCGGCUCUAUCUACCUCCAGUUCACCUGCUCCACCUCGCUCCAGCUUGAGGUCAUCUUCGAGGUGCUCGAAGAGUACGACUGGACCUCCUUUUCUGUGGUGACCACCCGUCACCACGGCUACGAGGACUUCCUGGCGAUGGUGGAGGGAAUGACGGACGGUUCGUUCAUCGGCUGGGAAAAGAAAAGCGUGGUGGUUCUGAACGUGACGGACGACCCCGGCGGGGCCCGAACCAAACGACUACUCAAAGACAACGAAGCCCAGGUCCGUUUGUUGUACUGCUCUCUGGAAGAGGCUGAGCUGGUUUUCCGGGCAGCCUGGGCGGCAGGUCAGGCCGGGCCCAGUCACAUGUGGUUCGCCGUGGGACCGGCCCUGUCCGGCUUGGGUCUGGAGGGGCUGCCAAAGGCCUUGUUCGCCAUCCGGCCGCAGGGCUGGAGGGACGAGCCACGAAGGCGCAUUGCCAAAGGCGUCUCCGUCCUCACCCAUGGGGCGAUGGCUCUGCGGAGGGACCAGGGGGCCACCAGCCGGUCGCAGUACGCCGGCAACUGCCAGAGCGACGGCAACCAGACUCACAGAGUGCCAGACAGAAUCAGGUACUUCACCAACAUAUCCAUUGGUGGGCGGGACUAUUCCUUCAACAAUGACGGCUACCUGUCCAAACCGCUGCUUGAUGUCAUCUCCUACACCAAUGGGAGAGGCUGGGAGGAGGUCGGCUGGUGGGAGAACGGCCACCUGCGUCUGCGUUACCAUCCCUGGUCCCGUUACGGCUCCUUCCUGAAGCCUCUGGAUGAUGCCCAGCACCUCCGGGUGGUCACUUUGGAAGAGCGGCCCUUUGUCAUCGUGGAACCGGCUGACCCGGGCACCAGCUCCUGCAUCCGGGACUCUGUACCCUGUCGAAUGCCCAUGAACACCAGUUUGGUGGUGGACGGCGCGGGGCCCAUGAAGCACUGCUGCAAAGGGUUCUGCAUCGACGUCCUCAAGAGACUGGCGAAAAUUGUGGGCUUCACCUACGACCUCUACCUGGUGACUAAUGGGAGGCACGGGAAGAACAUUGAUGGGGAGUGGAACGGCAUGGUGGGAGAGGUGGUUUCCAACAGGGCGGACAUGGCCAUCGGUUCUCUCACCAUUAAUGAAGAGAGGUCGGAGGUCGUAGAGUUCUCCGUUCCAUUUGUGGAGACCGGCAUCAGCGUCAUGGUUUCUCGCAGCAACGGCACCGUGUCGCCUUCUGCUUUCCUCGAGCCCUACAGCCCGGCGGUGUGGGUGAUGAUGUUCGUGAUGUGCCUGUCGGUGGUGGCUGUCACCGUCUUCAUCUUCGAGUUCUUCAGCCCCGUGGGAUACAACCGCAGCCUGCAGAGCGCCAAGAAGUCCGGGGGAUCUAAGUUCACCAUAGGGAAGUCCGUCUGGCUGUUGUGGGCGCUGGUCUUCAACAACUCUGUGCCGGUGGAGAAUCCCAGAGGAACCACCAGCAAGAUCAUGGUGCUGGUGUGGGCCUUCUUCGCUGUCAUCUUCCUGGCCUCCUACACUGCCAACCUGGCCGCCUUCAUGAUCCAGGAGGAGUACAUCGACACAGUGUCGGGGCUGUCGGAUAAGAAGUUCCAGCACCCGACGGAGCAGUACCCGCCGCUGCGUUUCGGCACGGUGCCAAACGGCAGCACGGAGGAGAACAUUCGCUCCAACUACCCCAACAUGCACCAGUACAUGAUCCGCAACAACCAGAAGGGCGUGGAGGAGGCCAUCGACAACCUCAAGACCGGGAAACUGGAUGCCUUCAUUUAUGAUGCUGCAGUGCUGAACUAUAUGGCCAGAAAGGACGAGGGCUGCAAGGUGAUGACCAUCGGCUCUGGCAAGGUGUUUGCCACUACGGGCUACGGCAUCGCCCUGCACAAGAACUCCCGCUGGAAACGGCCUCUCGACCUGGCUCUGCUGCAGCUGGUCGGAGACGAUGAGAUUGAUAUGUUGGAGCGUCUCUGGCUGUCGGGUAUCUGCCACAAUGAUAAGAUCGAGGUGAUGAGCAGUAAGCUGGACAUAGACAACAUGGCCGGGGUCUUCUACAUGCUGCUGGUGGCCAUGGGCCUCAGCCUCCUGGUAUUUGCUUGGGAGCAUCUGGUGUACUGGAAACUACGGCACUGUGUGAAGCGAUCAGGCGGGAUGGACUUCCUCCUGGCUCUCAGCAGGGGGAUGUACAGUUGUUGCCAGUUUGAGGAUGAGACGGCGCCGGGGGGAAGCAAAAGCUCUUUGCCCCAGUACCACACCAUGACCACCAUGCCUACGGCUCCCCAACAACACCUCGUUACAGCCACAAUAAAUAACACGACUGCCAUUGCCAUGGUGCAGCAACAACAGCAGCAGAAGCACCACCAACAACAGCAACAGGGGCAGACUUAUACGACCAUGCUACCUGGAUCGCCGCCGACAACAGGACACUCAGCAAUGGCUCUGGGACCCUCAAACAGCCCUUUACUGGAAGGCCCUAUGCCGUGCUCCACCUUCUUGCCACGGCAUGACCGCAGACUCGCUGUGGUCGAUCGCUGGAACAGGCCAAAGCCAGAGAAAGUCAUGAGCGGAGGCAGUGGCGGAGGCGUGGGUGUUGGGGGGAUAGCAGGAGGCAUCAGUGAACUCCAGGCCCAGCAGCAAUAUCAGCAGAACCUAGGACAGCAUUGGAGCCUACAAGGAGGUGUUGCAGGUGGUGCAGGGGGAGGAGGUGACACAGGGCUAGAUGAAUAUAAGCGCUAUUAUGGUCCUAUAGAUCCAGAGGGGCUGGGAGCUAACUCAGACCAACAGGCUGGGGGCCCCCAGCAGACUCCCAAAGCUAAUCCUCGAGGCCCUAAAGCCUCAGGAAUGCCACGUCUGCCUCCUAAAGGCCCCCAACAAGGCCCGGGGCAUUUAAUCUCCAAGCCACCUCCACCGAUUCCAUCGUCCCCACGAAGGCCUCCUUUCUGGCGACGAGGAAGCCUAGUCCAGGCAAGGAGAAAAGGCUCAGGAGGUCCCCUGUAUGAGAAUAUACUGCCCCUAGGGAGGAGAGGAGGUGGGAGGUAUGGAGCAAGCGAUGGAGGUGGAAGGAGAGGGCGACGUCCUCCUCCACCUCCUCCUCUGCCUGUCCCUCUAUCCUCCCCAACACACACCCCUACCACGCCUUCAUCCCCAUGUCGUUUCUACUCCACCUGCUCCAGUGCCUCCUCCUCUUCCUCUUCCUCCACAUCAUCCUCAUCCUCUUCUUCAUCCUCUAUCUCGCUCUCUAGGUCAAAUUCCCCCUCCUCCUGCUCCAGUGACAGCUCCUACAACUCCUCGCUGAGUUUCCGGUAUCGAGCAGGCGACCGAGAUUUUACGGUGGAUGAUGAUUAUGACUCAGAUCUGCUAACAGAGGAGUCCAGCCUCCUCCUGGGGUCACGGAGGAAGAUUCGGUCACGUCGAAUGUCAUCACGCUCACUGCCGUGCAGCCCACCACCUCCGCCAAUCCCGCCGCGAAAGCCUCGCCCUCAGAGAGAUUAUGGCAGAGAGAGAACAGGCAGCCAGCUGGCCCAGUUACAGGAGUGGUGGGCAUCAUGGGGUGACAGAGAGCGAGGGAGGGGAGGAACAACAAGCCGGGGAGUUGGGGGAGUGGGCAGAGAGGAGAAGAGGCACAACAAAGAGAGGGAGCGUGAGAGGAAGAGGAGGAAGAAGGGCCGAAAGAAGAAGAAGAGGGAAGAGAAGGAGAGAGAAAGGGAGCGAAAACGCCGCAAAACAAAGAAGAAGAGGAAGAAAGAGGACAAGAUAAGGAAGAGAGAGCGGAAGAGGAGGAAGAGUAAAAGUUCAGACAGGGAUGCUGUAGGAAUGGAAGGAGAGAGGAGGCCAUUGCUGGGACGGAACGGAAGAGGUGAGAUGCACUCCAAGGAGGGGUUGUCCUUCCACGAGUGGGAGUCCGAGGUGGAGCAUGAGGAAGAAGAUUCUGAGCUUGAGAGGAGGAAAGCGGAGCGUGGAAAGAGGCGCGGAGGAGGUAGGACAAUGUCUGAUGAGGAGCGGGAGCAUGAUAAAGUAAUUGGGAUAUAUUCUGAUGAUGAUGGUUCUUCAGGAGAGUUUGGGAAGUUUGAGAGGUACUGGGAGGAUCAUGAAGGCAGGGCAGUGGGGGGAAUUGGAGGGGGAGGUUGGUUUUUCAGCACCUACCCCUCCAGGGAUAAAACCGGCAGCAUCAACAGCAGAGAUGACCUGUUCCUGGAACGAGGAGAGAGACACCACCCACACUCCCACUCCUCCAAAUGGGCCCGCAUCACCUCGCGAAGCCAGGAAGAGCUGUACCCACACUGCCAGAGUUUUGGUGGUCCCCUCAAGCCCAAACAUGACUCCUCAUCUUCCUCAAAACCCGAUCGCUCACAGAAUCCAUCUAAAUCUGGCAGCCAGUCAAACCUCAGUAUCCAGCAGCGGACACAGAGAGCAGACAGGGAUCGAGAUCGAGGACGGCAAUCAUCCCCGCCGCCGACCCUCAUACCUAAUUUGCCACCCCCGCUUCCUGCCCUUCCAGCUCCUCCGUCCUCAUCCCACCCUAUCCACGUUCCUCCCCCUACCUCCUCCUCUUCUGUAUCCUCUCCCUCUGUGGUCUCAUCGACCCCGGGCGCACCCCAGCCCUCCUCCAUGGCUUCGGCAAGUGCUAAACUACAGUACCAGAGAUUGCGCUCUGUACCUCAGCCCCAGAGGUUCCCUCAGUCUCCUCACUUACCCCUCAAAGCCAAGAGCCUUUGCUCGCGAAGGGGCUCAGCCCAUUUCUCCAGUGUGGAGAGCGAGGUCUGA